AUGCAAAAGGAUGUUCAUAAUAAGCAGUCAAAGUUAUUGAAAUUUUCAAAACUUAACUGCCUCUGGAAUCCAGAGGAAUCAAAAAAUCCCAAAUUGUACGAUAGCUAUUCCUAUUUGGACCUACAUUUAAACCAAUUCCUGUCAAAUAUUACCGAAGAUUACUCGUUUCUCCCAAAUACAAUUUACAAGCCCUCAAUCCACGUUUUUAUCGAUAAUAGACUUGUAUAUAAGACCAAAAUAUUAGAUUUUAACAAUGAUUUAUUUGAUGAAACAAUAAGAUUAAAGAUAUAUUCACAAAAUACUACAGUAACACUAAAAUUAUUUGAAUAUGAACAGUUUAACACUACAAAUAGCGAGGAACUUAAUUUAAAACCAUCACUUUAUUCUGAAAUGACAGAUUUACACCUUGUUUCUUGGGUAGAUUUGGAUAUUAACCUCUUGAUUCCUGAAAGAGACUACAAAAUAAUUUGCGCAUUUAAGUCAAAUCCUGCUUUUAAUAGUUAUAACCCAGGCGGUAUUUUAUAUUAUCCAACCGAGUCUAACAGGCCUUCGAUUUUAUUUAAGAGAGUCUGCGCUUCUUGUAAAGUUUGUUCACUUUUAUCUCAUCUUUCAGUUGGAGAUGACGAUCAAUACAGUAGUAUAUUUAAGUACUUUGAUUACAAGUUCAAGGACCCAAAUUCUGACAGCUCUGACUUAAAAGAGGAGGUAAAAGACAAGGAAAAGUCAGUUGAUGAGGAGGAUUUGGAUGUGGUUGAGGUUAUAGAUAUGUCAUCGCUCACUAAAAGGUCCAGGAAAGAGUCGUGCAAAUGCCUACAACUGAGAUAUAUUCCGCUAAGUUUUAAGAAGAAAAACUUUGAAAUCUGCCUCAAGUGCCAUGAUUACGAAGUGUGCUGUGAUCACACACUUAACAACUAUUACCUCUCAGUUAACUUUAAACUGAUCCCGUCAAGUGAUAAAAUUGACUUCUCAACAGAGCUUUUUUCAUGCCUGCUCAGUUCAAAACAAACGGAACUCAAAUGCGAAGAUUUAGCAUCAAUUUUCGAGAUUCUAUACCAAAGAUAUUAUUCAUUCCAAUUACUCUUCAAUCAUAUUAAAGAGAAGGCGUUGUUAUUUUUAAAAGUUUCACUUUUGUCAUUAGUUUUGGGCUCAUCUGCCUUUUUCUUCGUGGUGAGAAUAACCUCAACAACACAGUUCAAAAAGGACCACGGAGAUAUUCUAUACACCAGCAAGAAUCUGUAUGCUUUGGAUCAAGGAGUUAGUAACUGGAUAAUGAAGUAUAUAGAAGAUGAUGUUAAGGAGAAGCCAUUAAUUGUUAACGGAAGGGUGUAUACAGUUGAUAAAAAGUCAAUAGAAAGAAACAAUCUUAAUAUUCCAGAACGUCAUAUAGCAGAUAAAACUAAAGUUUAUACAAAAGCACACUCAUCAUAUAAAAGAACAGAAUAUAUAGCACUUAAGACAAUAUGUUAUGCGAUUUCAGAAAGUAUACCCAAAGUAGUUAAGGCUUUCCUUUUGAAAAUAGCUGAGGCUUCUGAACACAUGGUUGUAUUUAUAAAUGGAUUACUGGCUUUAACAAGGGAUUGUGGACUCCAAUUAUCAUUCACAUGUUUCUUUCUAGCAGUUACAUCAUUUAAAUUCUACAAACUCUACAGUUUUGUUGUCAAACUUCUGUUAGUGCUUUUGUUACUAGGGUCUUUUGCGCAAGAUGUCGACCACGUGAGAUAUGCCUUUACUUUCGUAAGGAAUCUCUUUGUAUAUCUAGUACUGAGAGUUUAUAGAAAAGAAUGGUUUCUAAACGCAUAA